CUCGUAUGCCCUCUCACAUGGUAAAGACAAAUAUCAAUUUCACCAAACCUGGUCACGAUCCAUCUCUCAAGCCGCAAUUCUUACCACCGGUUCAAUCUGUGGGGUUGUUGACUCCCAAUCUCGGGGAGGAGAGGCAAAAAGGAGGAGACCCCGCAAACUUCCCGUCUCGAAUAAUUGGAUCUGCAGAAUUCCAGCACCUCCAUGAUUUCAAACCCCUGGACUGGAUUCGGAAGACAUGGAUACCAGAUUUAGACGAGUUAUGCACUACUGUAUUGACCCAGGGCCUGCAGCAACUGGUCAAAGCGAUAGUGAAGCUUAGUGAUUGAUAGGGUUGCAUUGCAUGGAGGCUAGCUCGGUCGUAGGCUGGAGAGACUGGGCCCCACGCUGAUACCAGGUGUCUCCUCACUUGUGACCUUGUACGAAUAAGAAAGAGAUAAGGUUUCGUGUUGAGAAGGACGAGAAUGGCUUUCAUUCUUGUACUACAUUUGAUCCGUCUGCUGCUAAGUGUCUUGUAAUCCAACGAAUUUUUAGUUGAGGCUUGCAUCGUCAAGACGAUUCGACUGAUGCCAAGAUCUGAUACUUGAUUGUCUGAACCGGGUCUGAAAUCUGUUCAUUCGUGAUAGCUUACAAGAUAUCGAAAAGACAGACAUGGAGACAAGAGUUGAGGCCAAUCAUGGGAGGCAUCUGGCUCACAGCCAUGCCCACGAAGAAGACGUCCCAGGGACGGUGAACUUGAAUGCAGCAGAGGGCGACGAAACAGGAUAUGGACAAGCACUGUUCCCGGUUCCUGCUGCUGAUCCGAACGAUCCCCUUCAGUGGCCCAAGUAUAAGAAGACGAUGAUUCUAGUCAUUUGUUCACUCUAUUCUUUCCUGGGCAACUCGGCCUUGCUAGGCCCUUCCGUAUACAUUGGAAUAUACUCAGAGGAGUUCAAAAUCACGCCAGCUGUUGCAUCUGGAUUGGUAUCAUAUCCCAAUCUUGCCUUUGGUUUCGGCUCCCUCGUCCUUGUCCCAGCAUACCUUAAAUUUGGAAGACGGCCGGUCAUGUUGUUCUCUUUAAUCUGUUUCAUCGCUGGUCUCAUCGGUGCUUCCCAAUCCACGACCUUUACCGGACUGAUGAUAUGUCGGGUCUUGCAUGCUUUCGGCUCUGGGGUCUGCGAAGCUCUCCCCGUACAACUCGUCAACGACAUCUUCUUCUUGCACGAACGCGGCAAGAGAAUUGGGUACUACACUGUCUGUCUCUGCCUCGGAGCCACAGGGCCACUUUAUGCAGGAUACAUGCUCGCAGGCGGAUAUUCCUGGCGACUAUUCUUCUACGUCGAAAUCGCAUUCGCAGGCGCCCUCUUCAUCCUCGCAUUCAUCUUCGUCGAAGAGACAAUGUACAAGCGUGUUGUACCAACCUUACUCUCCUCCAGCCUCAAUGACAGCAGGGAGAACCACUCGAAAGAAGAGAAGGUCGUACACGCUGAGAGUGCUGCGUCAUAUGUGCCGCCGCGGAAGCCGUUCCUUGCUACGUUGAAGCCAUGGAGUGGGAUUGAUCGUGAGGCGGAGUUCUUCUUGACUAUGUUGAGACCGUUCACGCUGUUCUUUGUGCCGGCUGUGUUCUGGGUUAUUACUAGCUAUGGUAUUUACAUCGGUCUCGGGGCAUUGGCAUUCAACUUUACGUUUCCCCUCAAGAUCGUAGCACCACCGUACAACUGGUCAGCCACAAACUCAGGCCUCAUAGCCGUCGCAAACGCAGUCGGCUUCUUCCUCGCCGUCCCCUUCACAUUCACAUCCGACCGCCUCGCCGCCCACCUCACCCGCAAGAACGGCGGCAUCCGCGAAGCCGAAAUGCGUCUCGGCGUCCUCUGGCCCGCGGUAUUCAUCGCCCCCGCCGGCCUCAUCCUCUACGGCUUCACGGCAGAGCGAGAUCUCCACUGGAUGGGAUACUUCGCCGGCGUGGCGAUGGUGAACUGGAGUGCUUAUUUCUUCUUCUCGUUCACGCUCGCGUAUGCUGUGGAUAGCUAUACGGCUAAUACGAGUGAGAUGCUUGUUGCGAUGAAUUUGGGGAAGCAGGCGAUUAGUUUUGGGAUGGGGUUGUAUUUGUUGGAUUGGAUUCUGGAGAGGGGGUAUGCGGUGGUUAUUAGUGGGAUUUUUGUCGCUGUGCUGGCGGCGAAUAAUUUGGCGUUGUUUGUUUUUGUGUUUGCGGGGAAGAAGAUUAGGAUUGUGACGGCGCAUUCGUUUGUGGGGAGGAUGCAUAAGAAGACUGCUGGGACAGUGUUGACGCAUUAGGUUAUUGGAUGGGGACUUGUGGCCCAGUGUCUGGGGGGAGCAAACCAUGAGCAUCGCGUUGAAGCGAAACGUUGGUGGGCUGGCUGAUGUAUCUACUGAAAGUAUGUUCCAUAAACAUUUA